AGAAGGGGCAGUUGAACAUUGCACAAAAUUGGUCCUUAUUAUGUCCAUGAUGGAAAUUAGUUUCUGUGAUUUGAAUGAUUUUUGAGUACGAGUGCUUUGUGAAGCGUCUUUAAAAAGGCUGAAAGACCUGGAACAGAGCUAUUCGAGAAACAGCACCCAGACUUCCCCUGUGUGUUGUAGUUUUCAGCUGUGCAGCCAUAAUGAAGUUGAAUGUGGUUCUUCUUCUAUGUCUGAGUGGUGUUGUGCCAAUCACCUUCUCAGUUCAGCAAACUACCCAUCUGUUUGUCAUCAAUCAGGCAGUGUCAUGGCCUGAUGCUCAGAAGUACUGCAGGACGAAGUACACUGACCUGGCGAGGGUAAAGGACCCUAGUGUUCUGGUAGAGCUAAAUAAAAUGGCAGCAAGUAGAGGUUUAACAUUAUGGCCUCUCUGGAUUGGACUGUACAACGACUUUUACAAUUGGCGCUGGUCUUUUAAUAACAUCUCACAGACUAGUACAAACCUAACACUUUGGAACACUGGAGAACCUGAUAAUUAUGUCGGGCAUGAAUCAUGUGGAGGAGUCUAUGUGGCUGGGAACUGGGCAGACUGGGACUGUGCACUGCAGAAACCCUUUAUAUGCUACAAUGCUGGUAACAGUGGUGCUGCCAGAUUCAUUGGAGUCACUAAUCCCCGUUUGAACUGGUCUCAAGCUCAGACUUACUGCCGAACAUAUUACACUGAUUUGGCCAGCGCACUCACCCAGGCAGACAAUGACCUGUUAGCACAGAUAGUAUCUGUCCAGGGCUAUUCCUGGUUCGGUCUGUAUCGGGAGACAUGGAAGUGGUUGAAUGGAACAGUGGCAUCAAACCUCCAGUGGAAUCCUGGAAAGCCUAAUAACGCUAAACCUCAGGAGAACUGUGGGGUUUUGAUAAACGGACUGUUCAGUGAUGAAAGGUGCACCAGUGUGCACUACUUCUUCUGUGAAUUCACUCCCCCAGUGAGGUGGCAGAUAAUGAAGCUGCAGAUCUCCAUGCAGUCUGAUGGGAAUGUGUUUGAGCCUGUUGUUCAAGCUUCUAUUUUAGAACUAACAAAGCAGAAACUGGAACAACAUGGCAUGCUGGUGAACACCAAAGUGACCUGGAGAGUGCAGCCAGAUGGAAACAUCUUUCAAAAGAAAAUAAAUAUAUAAUGUGAACAUUCAUCUCUAUUGUCA